AUGAAGAGCCUUUUAUUAUUGUUAUUUGUUGGUGUUUUGUGUCAGAACGAAGUCGAUACAGUAGAGAAAUUGUUGGCUGACUUAAAGGGAGCAUCAGCUGUUGAACUUACAGCACUCAAUACAGAUUACACAGUUUCCAAAAAUCUGAAAGAGAACAUCAUUUUUAAUUUGGGCAAAGCCAUUUAAGAAUAAAACUUUUUAUGCGCAAGUCGAGAUAAAUCAGUUUCUGAUAGAGAAUCGGACAUUGAUAAAACAAAUAAAUUCAUUGCGUAUUUGUAAAGAAGACUAGUUGAAAAUGCAAAAAGAGUAGAAAUCCUUGACAGUAAUAGAUGCACUCAUUCAACCAACUAUAUUGAGAGAGUUAAAAAUGAUAACAUGACAUUGAGACUUAUAAUAUUUUUGAGAAAUUCCCUAUAAAACUUGGAUAACAAUUAAUUAAAUAGAUAUGGAGCAUACGUAGAGAAAUUCUUGACCAUGUAUAAAUCUGCAAAAAUGUCAGAACUCGUAGAAUUGGCACAUGAGUUUGCUGAUACAAUGUUCAUAGAUUGGACUUAAGUGACCCCAUCCUCCUAAGGAAAUAUCAAUACUGUUAAAGGACAAUUGAUUGAAAUGCUUGAUGAUAUGGAGAGAUACAUCAGAGAAUAAAUAAAAAACUCUUAAAAUUUAGAAAUCACAACUGGAGUCACAUUGGCUGACUUUAAAGGAGCAAUUGAUAUUGAGAACGAACAAAUCAAUUAUGACCUAUCAUCUGAAGAGAAAAAUAUCAUUAAACUCUAAGAACAAUUAGUCUAAGCUAGACUAGCUGCAGUAAAUUGUAGAGAAAGAGGCGUUGCUAUACAACAAUAAUAAUAAAGAGCAAUUGAAGACUUAAAAAUAGAAGAGACCUAAUAUAAUAAAAAUAAAGCUAGAUUACAAGAAGAACUUAACUUAUUCACUGAUGUAUACAGAAUCUAUUCUACCUAAGUUGGAACAUCUGAAGACAAGUUUAAAUAAAGAGUUGAUGACUAUGUAAAUGACAAAUAAGUACAAUCCUAUGAGAGAUCAGAAUAUUCAUUAAGUGAUGCAGUAAGGAAAUAAGUCUAACAUGAAUGAUUCAUCAAUUCAAUUUAAUAAUAUAUAGAUGA